AUGGUUUCAAGAAAAGGUGCUGUUAUCAUCAUUAUGGGUGUCAGCGGAGCCGGAAAAACCACAAUUGGGCAAAAGCUUGAAGAAGAGAUUAACUAUAAAUAUCUUGAUGCUGAUGAUUUUCAUUCUCAAUCAAACAAACAAAAAAUGAGCAUGGGAAUCCCACUUACGGAUGAAGACAGAAAACCAUGGCUUGAAUCACUGAAAGAUACAAUUGAAGAAUACAUAAUUAACAAAAACGGUUUGGUUCUUGGCUGCUCUGCUUUGAAGAAACAGUAUAGAGAAAUACUUAGAUCAGGUGAUCCUGAUUAUAAAUCGAAAGGUUAUACAAGUGCUGUUAAUUUCAUUCUAUUGGAUGUUCCUGCAGAAGUGCUGAUUGCUCGAGUAAAUAAGAGGGCUGCAGAAGGAAAACAUUAUAUGCCUGCAUCUCUUCUGCAAUCUCAGUUAGAUUUGCUUAACAUUGAUGAAUCUGAGGGAAUACUUAGAGUUGAUGCUACUUUAAGUCCUGAAUCCAUUGUUGACACCAUUAAAGAAUUGCACCCUUUUCAGGGCUGGUCUCAAUCAUGA